AUGGCGUGUGCUAGUCGUGAUCAAGCCGUGAGAGUGGUGCUUAUCGAUACCCAGUACGUGGAAACGGACGCCCUGAGCUUCAAAUCCGUAGUUCAGAGCCUUACCGGUAAGGAUUCUUGCGUUUCUUGGAUAGAGAAGAGCUCCUUCGGCGUAGAAAACAGAAAAGGCCCCGUCGCUGUGAACAGAAGUGGCUUCGACAAAUCAGGCUGCGAUAAUAUUAAUAAUGGAUGUGGCGGAACUGGAAAUCGCAGUGUUUCGAUGUUAUCGAAGGGCAUGUCGUUCAAGGAUUUGGAUGUUAUGAUCUUGCAUGCGCCUCCAAUGGAGGACUUGCAAUGGCUGUGGGCUGAUAAUAACUAG